CGCCGGGCCGUGGCGCUCCCUGCUGGAGGCUGUGGCGGCCGCGGCAGAGGAAGUUUCCGCUUUGCACUCCACCCCGGUAGCAGCUUGGCCGCGAGGACAGCUUCCUCUGGACGCUUCGCGGGCUUUGCUGCUGUUGCACGUCAGCACGGUCAGAUCAUGGGGUUGCCCAAGGGGCCGGAGGGUGAGAGUCUCCCGGAGGUGGAAACAAGAGAAGAUGAAGAACAAAAUGUCAAGUUGACUGAAAUUCUGGAACUCUUGGUUGCAGCUGGGUAUUUCAGGGCAAGAAUUAAAGGCUUGUCACCUUUUGACAAGGUAGUGGGAGGAAUGACUUGGUGCAUUACCACUUGCAACUUUGAUGUGGACGUUGAUUUGCUCUUUCAGGAAAACUCUACAAUAGGUCAAAAAAUAGCUCUAUCAGAAAAAAUUGUCUCUGUCCUGCCGAGAAUGAAAUGCCCACACCAGCUGGAGCCCCACCAGAUCCAGGGGAUGGAUUUUAUUCACAUAUUUCCUGUUGUUCAGUGGCUGGUGAAACGAGCUAUAGAAACAAAAGAAGAAAUGGGUGACUAUAUCCGUUCCUAUUCUAUAUCCCAGUUCCAGAAAACCUAUCGUCUCCCUGAGGAUGAUGACUUCAUAAAGAGAAAAGAAAAGGCCAUCAAGACAGUUAUUGACCUCUCAGAUGUUUACAAACCUCGUCGGAAAUACAAACGCCAACAGGGAGCAGGGGAGCUGCUUGAUGAAGAAUCUCGAGUUCAUGCUACACUUUUGGAAUAUGGCAGGGUAACUGAUCCCUUGAUGAGAUACGGAUUUAACCAUCAGAGCAAAACAGAGAAGGCUGAGGAUAAGAAAGCAGCACUUCCCGUAGGGCUGUCAGCUGCAGAAAAAGCUGAUGCCCACGAAGAAAAUGAGCUUCGAGCGGCUGAAGAGCAGCGUAUUCAGUCACUGAUGACCAAGAUGACUGCCAUGGCAAACGAGGAGAGCCGUGUCACCGCAAGCUCCGUGGGCCAGAUCGUGGGACUCUGCUCUGCCGAGAUUAAGCAAAUUGUGUCUGAGUAUGCAGAGAAGCAGUCUGAGCUUUCAGCUGAAGAAAGUCCAGAAAAAUUAGGAACCUCCCAGCUACAUCGUCGGAAAGUUAUUUCCUUAAACAAGCAGAUUUUGCAGAAGAACAAACAUCUUGAAGAGCUGCAAGCAAGUCAUACCAAUCUACAAGCCAGAUAUAAUGAAGCAAAGAAAAUGCUGACAGAGCUGAAGAGCUAUAGUGAGAAACUGGACAAAGAGCAAGCAGCCCUUGAGAAGAUAGAAUCCAAAGCUGAUCCAAGUAUUCUGCAGAACUUGAGAGCACUUGUAGCCAUGAAUGAAAAUCUGAAAAGUCAGGAACAAGAGUUUAAGGCACAUUGUCGAGAGGAGAUGAUACGGCUGCAACAGGAAAUUGAAAACCUGAAAGCUGAGAGAGCGCCAGCUGGAGAUGAAAAGAAUCCCUCCAGUGGAGAGCCACCUAGUGCCCUGACCUCCAUGAUGACUCACAAGGAAGACCUAGACAGACGGUAUAAUAUGGAGAAAGAGAAACUUUACAAAAUACGUUUACUACAGGCUCGAAGAAAUCGAGAAAUAGCAAUUUUACACCGCAAAAUCGAUGAAGUGCCCAGCCGAGCCGAGCUAAUCCAGUAUCAGAAGAGAUUUCUUGAACUCUACCGCCAGAUUUCAGCAGUGCACAAAGAAACCAAACAGUUCUUCACUUUAUAUAAUACCCUGGAUGAUAAAAAGGUAUAUUUGGAAAAAGAGAUUAGCCUGCUGAACUCAAUUCAUGAGAACUUCUCACAAGCCAUGUCUUCUCCUGCUUCCCGGGAUCAGUUUUUACGUCAGAUGGAACAGAUUGUAGACGGAAUUAAGCAAAGUAGAAUGAAGAUGGAAAAGAAGAAACAAGAGAACAAAAUGAGAAGAGACCAGUUGAACGACCAGUACUUGGAACUGUUAGAGAAACAGAGGCUGUACUUUAAGACUGUGAAAGAGUUCAAGGAGGAGGGCCGUAAGAAUGAGGUGCUGUUGUCUAAGAUGAAAGCCAAGGCCUCCUGAACAUCCCCAGCCAUCAUUGUACGUCACUGAUUUUCGUUUUUUAAACACCAUAUAUCAACUUAAGAUCAUGAAAUGGUUCUGAAAGCUACAGCAGAAAGAUGCAGGUGUAAUGAUUUCAGUACCCUGGAUUUUUCCUUUCUUUUUGCUUCCAUUUCAUCUCUGUGUUGGCUGCUGUUGACGGACCAGACGGUGUGAACUAGAGUAGGUAACACCCAUCAUCUCUGAAGAAAUAUGGACAGAACUUGUUCUCUGUGUCGGUUCAACUUUCAUUUCUCCAGUAACAUUGCACUUAAGAGGUACCUGUACGUGUAUAGAUGCUGAAUAAAGAAGAAUUCAUUUGUUUAGCAAGUAUUAAUUCUGCAGCCACCAAGAAAUAAGCACUGAGAGAGAUCCAGAGGAGUGGAAGACAGUUUCUACCCAACAGGCAUCCAGCAGAGCAAAUGUAGCUGACCCCAGAGCUUGGCCAUCUGAAACUUUUCACAGUGAACAGAGGCUGUUAGCAGAAUGAUCAGCCCAUGUGCCUGUCAGUCCCUUGGGCCCUUCAGCUGCUCAUGCUGCCCUUUGUUCCUGGCUCCUUCAGAUGCCACCUAGCAAGUUUAGAUGGCAUGGCUCAGUGUCGUUGGCUUCUUCCUGAUAUAUAUUUCAAGUUUAUUUCACCAAAAAAAAUUGAAAAUAGGCCUUAUGUUGAGGAUGCUUCAAUUACACCCUCCUUUUCCCCAAUUGUCAUUCAAGUCACAGGAAGCAUAUGGAUGUGCUUGUGCAACCCCUCCUUUGACGGCACAUUCCAUGUACCUGCACUGCAGACAAGUCAGUCUGGGCAAAGAGAGAUGCACAGUGUGGGCAUGACACGGUGAAGACAGCACGCAGGUCUCACCGGGGCGAGAGGAAGCAGAAUCAGGUUUUCAGAGAUCCAGAGAGCCUUCAUGGAGGAGGCAGCAUUUGGGCUAAAUCUGAAGGAGGAUAGAAUGUUCAUAGGCAGAUAUAGGUAGGAAUGCCGUUUUAAAUGAAGAUCACUAUGAUUGAAAACUCAAGAGCAUGUGGGGUGUACUGAACGUUCAUGCUGGGGCAGGAAGGGACAAGCUGGUCUCAGCAGGAGGCUCUAGAGACCAGUCUGGAAAGAUGAGUUUGGGCCAGACCUUGGAAGGUCUUCAAGGUGGCUGAGGGGUCGACUUUAUCCUUGGACAUGAGCAGUGCAAAGCACUGGCCCGCAGGAGUCCAACUCAGUCAUGUGUAGCAAACCUCAAGCAAGAGGUUUGCUUUCUACUCUAUUUAAAUAUUGCACACAUACCAGUCAGCAGGUUUGGACUAUCAAAUGUAAAAGCCUAAUGUGUCAGGCAAAUGAGGCUUUCAGCACAGGCACAGAAAUUGUGUUUAUUUUUAGUUCCCUGUUGCAUAGCUAAUAUAUACAAACCUACAAAAAAAAAAAAACCUGAUUAAUGACAGCAACUGGUUCCUUGCCAAGGCCAGCGCGACCUGUGUGAGCCAGGUGGAAGCAGCAGCAUUUGAAAUGGACAGAGCUUCCAGGCCUUGUGAGGUUCCACUUUUGGCUGGUCCCUGGACCGGAGUCAUGUGGGUGUUCUGAAAGGUUUGAGUAAAGUUGAACCAAGUAAUUGCAAAACAAUAGUUUCGACAACAGGGGAAGGAGGCAGCCAUUUGUUUGAAAUGAAUUCAGGUUCAGGGACUCAUCUCCUUUAUCUUGUUAGAUGCUCAUAGCCCCACUCCGGGCUGACUGAACUUCAUAAGGAGACAAUUUGUCCACAGGUGGGAGGAAGGCAGGAACAGGUGUCAUCCUGAGAUUACUGGAGUCCACUGCUCUGCACUAAUGGGGAAAGUAAGGCAUGACUAAUCCAAAACAAUAAUUCCUUUUGAAAGUGGAGACAUAUAUUUUGGGCUGUGUUUCUCAAGCGUUUCAUUCAGUUUGGUUUUGGUAUAGACAGGUAUCUGUAGAUAUCUUUUCUCUUCUUUUAAUCCAUAGGGCCUACUACAGAUAAUAAAUGUUUUCUUUGCUUGAACACACUUUGAAUUUCCAGUCUUAGGAAUUCUACACUUUCUGCAGACAACCUCCAGUGCAAAUGGUGCCAAUGUGAAUAAUUAGGCUAUCACCUGGGCUUUACAGUCAAGUCUUACAGGAGAUACCCUGGAUCCUUUGAGCCUUUCAGAAACUACCUGGAGAGGAGAAGGGGGUCUUCCCAGGGGCAUGGCUCUCUAUGUGCCUAUACAUAGUAUGUUGGUAUGUUCUAAACCCACAGGCUUUUCCAGAGUUAAAUAGAAGAGGGAGAACAUCCUUAAGUUACUUUUUAAAAAAUGUGUUUCAAGAAGAACCAGGUUUUCCCAGGAAGCAGAUAGUUCUCCCUGCUUGGUCAGUGCAGCGAUCUGGCUGGCAGGCAGGUUGCCUGGUGCCCUGGAUUCUUGGCCACCCUCUGGGUCAGGGACUCCCCUCCUGUCCACAUGCUUCCCAAGAAUGUGUGAGGCUGCUCUGCUUUAAACCAAAAUCAGAGCUGCUGUGAACUGGACAACCUGAGAUGAUCACAAAGUGCCUAGGGAGACACAGGCCAUUUUUUGUAUUCUCUUUGGCCUGUGUUCAAGUCUCUUCUGGAUAAUUUGGGUCUGCAAUUUAUAGUAAAGGGAGGUGCUGAGUGUUUAGAGAACAGUGACCAAAGUCACCCAUGGGCUUGUGUUUUAAUAGAGGGCAGAUUCCAAGUUUAUCAAGCAUAGCUCUUGUUAGAGUCUGAAGUUCAUAGUUUUAACUGUGUUCAUAUUUCAAGGAGAGCCAGUCCUGCCACAGUGUCUAUUGAGCCUGGCAACACGGCCAGCAGGCAGAAGGGCUGGUACAGGUUGGAGGUCUGCUGUAGCCCUUCGGACCUCCUGAAACCUGAGCAGAGCAUGGGGAAGGCCUUCCAGCAGCCUUCUUACUACCUCAAAAGUGCCAUUCCCAUGACCUCAUGGUUGUGAUACUUGACAGACCCCGAUUGUGUCUGUAGUGACCAGAGCAGACCUGCCUGAAAGGGCAGUCUGGACAAGAGCAGUGUCUGUACCUUGUGCUCCGUGCAUGUCUGCUGCUUUGAAUGGUCUUGUCUGGCCCACUCUGCAGGGGAUGGAAAAUCAGUUUGAGGGGACUCGGCAUUCCAGCAGUAACUGUUAACAGUUGCUUUGGCUGAGUGGUAAUUUCAGUCCCUUGUUCUGAAAUUAUUGUAGUUGGCUUAAAACAUGCUUUAAGGAAGAGCACUUUAAAUGAGUGCUGUAUGAUUUACUAAUGGCCAGUAUUGACCUCAAGGUAAAGAGUAUUUUUUUUUUUUUUUUUUAUUGUUGGGGAUUCAUUGAGGGUACAAUAAGCCAGGUUACACUGAUUGCAAUUGUUAGGUAAAGUCCCUCUUGCAAUCAUGUCUUGCCCCCAUAAAGUGUGACACACACCAAGGCCCCACCCCCCUCCCUCCGUCCCUCUUUCUGCUUCCCCCCCCAUAACAUUAAUUGUCAUUAAUUGUCCUCAUAUCAAAAUUGAGUACAUAGGAUUCAUGCUUCUCCAUUCUUGUGAUGCUUUACUAAGAAUAAUGUCUUCCACUUCCAUCCAGGUUAAUACGAAGGAUGUAAAGUCUCCAUUUUUUUUAAUGGCUGAAUAGUAUUCCAUGGUAUACAAUAUAGCACAGUUUGUUAAUCCAUUCCUGGGUUGGUGGGCAUUUAGGCUGUUUCCACAUUUUGGCGAUUGUAAAUUGAGCUGCAGUAAACAAUCUAGUACAAGUGUCCUUAUGAUAAAAGGAUUUUUUUCCUUCUGGGUAGAUGCCCAGUAAUGGGAUUGCAGGAUCAAAUGGGAGGUCUAUCUUGAGUGCUUUGAGGUUUCUCCAUACUUCCUUCCACAAAGGUUGUACUAGUUUGCAGUCCCACCAGCAGUAUAAAAGUGUUCCCUUCUCUCCACAUCCAGGCCAACAUCUGCAGUUUUGAGAUUUUGUGAUGUGGGCCAUUCUCACUGGGGUUAGAUGAUAUCUCAGGGUUGUUUUGAUUUUGCAUUUCUCUAAUAUAUAGAGAUGAUGAACAUUUUUUCAUGUGUUUGUUAGCCAUUCGUCUGUCAUCUUUAGAGAAAGUUCUAUUCAUGUCUCUUGGAAGUUCUAGCCAAUACAAUUAGGCAAGACAAGGAAAUAAAGGGAAUCCAAAUGGGAGCAGAGGAGGUCAAACUCUCCCUCUUUGCUGACAACAUGAUCUUAUACUUAGAGAACCCCAAAGACUCAACCACAAGACUCCUAGAAGUCAUCAAAAAAUACAGUAAUGUUUCAGGAUAUAAAAUCAAUGUCCACAAGUCAGUAGCCUUUGUCUACACCAAUAACAGUCAAGAUGAGAAGCUAAUUAAGGACACAACUCCCUUCACCAUAGUUUCAAAGAAAAUGAAAUACCUAGGAAUAUACCUAACGAAGGAGGUGAAGGACCUCUAUAAAGAAAACUAUGAAAGCCUCAGAAAGGAAAUAGCAGAGGAUAUUAACAAAUGGAAGAACAUACCAUGCUCAUGGACGGGAAGAAUCAACAUUGUUAAAAUGUCUAUACUUCCCAAAGCAAUCUACCUAUUCAAUGCCAUUCCUAUCAAAAUACCAACAUCGUACUUUCAAGAUUUGGAAAAAAUGAUUCUGGGUUUUGUAUGGAACCAGAAAAAAACCGGUGUAGCUAAGGCCGUUCUUAGUAAUAAAAAUAAAGCUGGGGGCAUCAACAUACCAGAUUUUAGUCUGUACUACAAAGCCAUAGUGCUCAAGACAGCAUGGUACUGGCACAAAAACAGAGACAUAGACACUUGGAAUUGAAUUGAAAACCAAGAAAUGAAACUAACAUCUUACAACCACCUAAUCUUCGAUAAACCAAACAAGAACAUACCUUGGGGGAAAGACUCCCUAUUCAAUAAAUGGUGUUGGGAGAACUGGAUGUCUACAUGUAAAAGACUGAAACUGGACCCACACCUUUCCCCGCUCACAAAAAUUGAUUCAAGAUGGAUAAAGGACUUAAUUUAAGGCAUGAAACAAUAAAAAUCCUCCAAGAAAGCAUAGGAAAAAUGCUGGAAGAUAUUGGCCUGGGGAAAGACUUCAUGAAGAAGACUGCCAUGGCAAUUGCAACAACAACAAAAAUAAACAAAUGGGACUUCAUUAAACUGAAAAGCUUCUGUACAGCUAAGGAGACAAUAACCUAAGCAAAGAGACAACCUACACAAUGGGAAAGGAUAUUUGCAUAUUUUCAAUCAGACAAAAGCUUGAUAACUAGGAUCUAUAGAGAACUCAAAUUAAUCCACAUGGUAAAGAGUAUUUUAAUACAGAAUAGUACAGUGAUGAGCCCAGGAUGGGGUGCCAUUUUCAGUCCCUAUAACUGAGCACUGCCUGAAGAAGUGCCUUGUUUGAUGCAUCUUUAUAAUACCCCAUGCCCUCCCUGGAUCCUUUUCACACAAUCCAGAGCAUUCCUCCUUACCACAUGUAGCAAGGGGCUGAAAAUACUAAAUAAAAAAUAAUGCUAUAAUAGCCUCUUCUCUUUUCACAGUAAAUAUGUUGUGUAAAAAUAUUGGGGGCAGAGGGGUUAGUACUGGUCUGCAGCAUCCUUAACAGCGGGAAUGCUGUGGAUGCUCCACACCAGCCUCACGUCCAUUCCCCAAACAUAGCAAGUCCACAAGCCUGCCUGUGGCCAUGGCCCUACUAUCUGUCACCUCUGUCCCCUACAAGGUCUUAGGUAGGUCUUUCCCUGACCUUCUUAUACACUCACAAACCCAUUUAACUUGGCCCCAGCCCUGAUCACAUUCUGCCCCUCCCCUUCUGUUUGUCUGGAUAACACAUGUCACUGUGCACAUCUCUCUGUUGCCUUCCCUUCUGGAAUGAAAGAGCAACAAAAGCAGGGGCCUUGCCUGUCUUACUCUCCAGUUUCCCCACAACCGGCUCAAAGUAGACAGUCAGGAAAUCCUGGUUAUAUAAAACGCCUUCUCCAAAUUGCAACUUUGCAUCCUUCUAUUAGCAAAAUUUAGACUUAACCCUUCCUCUUAUUUAUGCUUAGUUUGAGGACAGGUAGCCAAUUAUAUUCAUAAACUUUCUCUCUUUGAGUGCUUGUUAUACUCUAACCUCAAAGGGUGGGAUAAAAAAGGUAUCAGAGGUUUCAAACCUCUCAAAGCAAUUAUCUUUUUAUAGAUUUUUUUUUCUCCCUAUUGGUGGUGGGAGGGGAACAAAGAAAAAAGGACCACACUAAUGUCAGAAAUAAGGUAUGUUUUGGCUCCUAUUGUGUCAUGAAUCUAAAGGUAACUUGACUGGUAGAAAUGUCUCAGUCACACAAAAGUAAGAAGUGGGACAUUGCUGCAAGACUGUGGGAGCAUCACCCAGAUACAGUGGUGGCAGAAGUAUAAAUGAUACAACUUCCAUGGAGGGUGGUUGUGUAGUAUCUAUCAAAAGUGCAAAUGCAUAAACCUUUUGAAGCAGCAACAGCAAUGCUAGUUCUAAGAAUUUUUCCUAUGUUGAAGAAUUUUUAUUGCAACAUUGUUUGUAAUAGCAAAAGUUGGAGACCACCAAUUUUGAGAAAGGAUUAAAUACAUUAGGGCCACUCCAUACAAUGGAAUAUUUUACAGACAUUCAAAAGACUGCAGUGCCAUGGAAAGAUCCCCAGGUUGCAUUGUUAAGUGAAGAAAAGAGGCUCAUGGUAUACUAGUGCUUGGAAUGUAGGAAAAUGUGUCUGUAGAUGUGUGUAUAUAUGUAUACACACACACGUCUUUCAUAUAUGUCUAGGAUAUCUCUGGAGAAUACCCAGCAACCUGGCAGCUUUGGUUGCCUCUGGGAAGAGGGGUGGGAAUUGCUUUUCAAUGUACACCUUUUGUACCUUUUGAAUUUUGUACCAUGUACAUGUAUUAUGUAUUCAAAAAUAAAUUGUUUUUAAAUUUU